CUUUCCCACUCGCGGCAAGGACACAAGAUAAUCUUCCGCAGAAUUUGAUCUGCAAAAAAUGAUCCACAUAAUUCACUUGUUUGUGAGUUCGUAGCAACGAGGUGUUUGAGUGGUGCGAGAUGUAAACUUUCGAGUGCGUAGGCAAAUAGGGGACCACGUUCUUCAGUUGUGCUGCUCGAGGUCAGGAAGUUAUGUUAUCGCAAAACUGGUUUUAUCAAGUAGCUUCCUGUACAGGCAUUGUUCAAAAACACUUCAGUUCGCUUACGAAGGAAGCGGGGAUGUAUCCAGUGGACAAACAAACAGGCACCAGCAGGAGGUGCAGACCGAGAACCGAAAUGAGGAAUUUCUCGUUCCUCUGCGCAGGUGAGCGAGUCGGUAUGAAGCGGCGACUGUGGUUGUUCCUGAGUGUCGCAACCACCGCGUCCACCGUCUUCGGUGAUCCAUUCCCGUCGAGUCUGAAGAUCGGCGCCGCCUCCUCGGCCUACCAGGUCGAAGGCGCCUGGAACGACAGUGGCAAAGGCGUUAGCAUCUGGGACACGUACGUUCACGGGACGCCGUGGGUCGUGGACGGUUCCACUGGGGACGUGGCCGCCGACUCGUACCGCCUCUACAAGCAGGAUGUGGCAGCUCUGAAGCAGCUGGGUGUGGACUUUUAUCGGCUGUCCAUCUCGUGGUCGCGUGUCCUUCCAGCCGGCACGAGCAACAUCUUGAACCCGGCCGGCAUUGAGUACUACAACGCCGUGAUCAACGAGCUCAUGGACAACGACAUUGAGCCAGUGGUGACGAUGUACCACUGGGACCUGCCCCAGCCUCUGCAGGACCUGGGCGGAUGGGUCAAUCCUGUCAUGGCGGAUUUCUUCGAGGACUACGCUCGUGUUUUGUUCUCGGCGUUCGGCGACAGGGUGAAGUCGUGGAUCACCAUCAACGACCCUCACAGCGUAUCGUACGGAUACUCCGAUCCGGGGCCCUACGCCCCCGGGGUGAACGGUGGCGCCGUGGGGUACUACCUGGCAGCGCACACACUGAUCCUGUCUCACGCGAGGGCGUACCGCCUCUACGACGCGGAGUUCAGGAGCACGCAGGGAGGUCAGGUGGGCCUCGCGUUGAAUGGCGAGUGGUACGAGCCGCAGAGCACCUCGGAAGAGGACAAGCGAGCCGCUCGGACGGCCAUGCAGUUCGUGACGGGGCUCUUCGCCCAGCCGAUCUACGGCCCGGAAGGCGACUACCCUGAAGCAGUCAGGGCGGAGGUCGACACAGUCAGCAGGGCGGAGGGAUACCGCAGAUCCCGGUUGCAGACGUUCAGUCCUGAGGAAGUCGCCUCCGUCAAAGGGGCCUUCGACUUCUUUGGGCUCAAUUACUUCACGAGCCGCUCGGCGAGAGCGCCGAAGCCGACCCCUGACCUCGAGGACCGUGCGGACAUCGACGUCACUUUCGGCGCACUCCCGAACGCCUCCGAGUCCGCCGCGCCCUCGUUCCAGGUCGUGCCGUGGGGACUCCGCAAGAUGCUGAACUGGAUCAAGACGGAGUACGACAACGUUCCCGUCGUCAUCGCCGAGAAUGGCUUCUCCGACAAUGGGGAAGUCGAAGACUCGGAGAGAAUCCGGUACCUGGUUAUGCACGUGAGCGAAAUGCUGAAGGCGGUUCGCGAAGACGGGUGCAAUGUGACGGCGUACACGUUCUGGAGUCUGCUUGACGGCUUCGAGUGGGAUCGGGGAUACACGCUCAGCUUCGGACUGUACCAGGUGAACCACAGCGACGCCGAUCUGACGAGAGUUCCGAAAAACUCUGCCCGCGUCUUCUCCGAAAUUGCCAAGAAACGCGAACUUCCGGCCGAGUACUUGCGAACUGCCGAAGAGACGCACUCGAGCCUCGAGGACCGCGGCGACUCGAAGGACAAGACCGCGUCAUGCGCCGGUGCUGCCAACAGCAAGCGGGUGUUGUCGUUUCUUUGGUUGGCAGCAGUGACGUGCAUUUCUGCCGCCAGUUCUACCAACAUCUGAUGUCAGUGUGUCCACUUUUUUUUUCCAGAGUGCGAAUGAAUGUCUACGCCUGUUAAUGUUUAUUUUUCGCUUUGCACCAAAACCCUUACGUCUGACUCGAGGACCUACUUUAAUAUUGUUUUUAAGCUCGGGACAGAUUCUUUGGUGUUGUCUUUACAGAAUAGGUUUAUAAAAUUGCAAUGUGAAUUCAGUCAAUGGAAAUUAAAUUACUAAAUGUU